AUGAACGGUGGUCAUGCAAUUCAAUCUGAUCGUCUUAAUAUUGUUUACAUGAUUUUUUUACUUCAUGGAGUUGGUGUCCUUCUGCCAUGGAAUACAUUUUUGACAAUCGGAUAUGAUUAUUUUGUAAGCUACAAAUUAAAUGGAACUGAUCAAAACACAGAAUAUCGUCUAAAUUUCUUCAGUUAUCUAACGGCCGCUGCUCAAAUUCCAAAUUUAACUCUUAGUUUAUUAAAUUUAUUUGUGGUUAUCAAAGGAGGCUUGCACAGGCGCAUUUAUUUAUCUCUUUUAGUGAUUGCAUCAAUUUGCAUCCUGACAAUAUCUUUUGUUUUUGUUGACUCUUAUGGAUGGCCAUUUUAUUUUUUUAUUUUUACAAUUGCUUCUGUUGUGAUUCUCAACAGCGCAAAUGGAAUUUAUCAAAACAGUAUUUGGGGUUUAGUAGCUGAUUUUCCUGGCCAGUAUACUAAUGCUGUUAUUCUUGGAAAUAACAUAUGCGGCAUUUUGAUGGCUUUCAUUUACAUUAUUAUUCUUCUUUCUCGAAUUGGAAUUCGUUUAAGUGCUUCAAUUUACUUUGGUCUUGCAUUAUUGACUGUCAUUGCCUGUGGUUUCUCCUUUCGCCUUCUUACAAAAAAUUCUUGGCGCGGCCUAUUUAAUGUUUGGAUAAUUUUCUUUACAACUUUGGCUAUCUUCCCUUCAGUUUUGCUUAAAAUUGAAUUAUAUCCUCCUGGUCGAACUUUUGAUAUUUUUAUUUAUGGCGAUUGGACAACUUCAAGAAUGCUUUUUCGCCAAUUAACCGUUUUCUUGAACUUUAAUCUUUUUGCUACAAUCGGCAGUUGGAUUGCUAGUUAUAUUCAAUGGCCUUCAACAAAAUCCUUAACUAUUCCCGUUGUUGCUCGUCUUGCUUUCAUCCCUCUCUUUUUGGCAUGUAACUACCAAACCGGCACUGAACCCAGAAAUUUUGUACUUAUUAAAGAUGAAUGGUCAUUUGUCAUUCUAAUAACUUUCAUGUCAAUUACGCAUGGUUAUUGGAGUUCUUUAGCUAUGAUGUAUGCACCACGGCAAGUUGAUCAAUCAAAAUCGCAAAUUGUUGGAAUGAUGUCAGGAUUCUUUCUUGUCUUUGGUAUUGCUUCUGGCAUAGCUUUUACUUUUGUUGAGCCUCAUAUUGUUGAUCUAUUUGGUUUGCUUUAUCCUUCUUGA